AGCGCCGGACUUGCCGCACACAGCGGCUGCUGGUGGCCAAGAACUGCAACCCGCAGCCAGUCACUGUCACCGUGCUGCAGAUUCGCAGGCCGCGUUGAAUUGCUUUUCCGCCGUCGGGUCCCGGGGUUUCGUGCACGCGACCGGCUAAACUAUACGCGCGCCGCGAGCUUGAUGUGGUACGGCUGAACGAUACGGAGAGGUCUACCGUGCGUUCUGAAACGCUCGCCGGACGCUCGUUACGUCUGAUUGGGUAGAAUUUCUCUGUUCAGAAGCUGUUUCGCGUUGUGUCUGAACAGAUUCCAUGCAUAAGUUGCUUCACGUUUGGUUUGCUGGUACCGGACAGCUGCACGGUACAGCAACCGCACGUGCUGAAUCGCUCGUCAGACGUUCGAAAAGUCUGAGUGGGUAGAACGUCAUUGUUCAGAAGCUAUUUCGCGAUGUAUCUGAACAGAUUCCGUCAAAAAAUGGCUUCACGUCUGGUUCACUAGACUCUGUCCAGCUGUACGAUACAGCAACCGUUCAAAACGCAUGUUUUCGUAAAACUCCGUGCAAAUUCUUAGAAAAACCCACAUUUCCUUCCAAAUUGACCAUAACCUCACACUCAGCUGACACUUGCGAAGCCGGCUCGCACCAACUGUUGGAAGCCAAAACAGCAAAUCACAUGUUUUUCACGAAAACGGCGUACGUUUGUGUGCAUGCCCCAAGUCGGUCGGUCGGUCGGUUUCCUUGUUUGCCGCCAUCCUUCACCCAAGUGAUGUACGCGUGAAAUUUAUGUUUAUGUGCGCGCCCUCGCGUCGGUUGUAUUGCGUGUUUUUUUUACGAGCGUGUGCGUGUUGCAGCUGUGUGUGAUUGUGUGGAAGAAGCAUACGCACAUUUUGCUUUGACUCAGGCCUUCGCGGAGAGAACGAAGAAAGCGAACGAAACGAAGGGGAAUCCGACGAAGGCAGCGAUGAUGAUGGAGAACGCGGCUGGAGAGAAGAAGCAUAAGGCAGGUGCCUUUCUGGAAUGGUGAUGGUGUGUGCGGUGCCGUGCGCUCAAGGGGAUGAAGUGGGAUGGUCAACGGAGAAAAGGGUGGUAAUCGGUGGUAGCGACACCGAGCAACAGAUGGCGCACCAAGUCGGUGUGGAAUAGAGUUUUUUUGUUCUGUUUGUUGGAAGAUAGGAACGAUAGUAGAGUUGUGGGAAGGUUGGGAAAUUGUUCGUAGUAUUUAGAUACUUAAUGCAGUAACCACGUGAUAAGGACACUUACGAAGAGCAACAGUGCAGUGAUUAAAAGUGUUUUGCAGUGAUUUUGUUUGCUGGUGAGAUGUUGAAGAAAAUUAUCGUGAAGUGAAAAUUGUGAAAUUUGUUUAAGUGUUUGUUUGAUAAAUUGUGAGGAAAACAAGUUAAGGGUCAAAUUUUAAGAAAAAGAUUCAACAUGCGUUCUAAACAGCAGCCAAGGCCGUCUUAUCGAUGGAUCAACAAUGAAAAUGACGGAGACGCGGCCGAGGAUGGUCUUGAGCGACGCCCGGAAACGAAAGAUGUAUUAUCGUCUGGGUCGGCCAGUCCAUCAUCGACACAUUCCCGGGAGGGAACGGUCACCGCCACCACCGGUGGUCAGGUGGGCCAGGUCGGGGCCAGUGCCCUCUUAAAAAGGCGUCCCCAGGCAAAACGACGAAAACCGGAAGUUACUUCGCCGACCAGCGUUGCUACCGCCACCAUCCAUCCGGAAAAACCGGGUCGAGUUGACGGGGUGGCUUCUGCGUUGAUUGAUUCGCACGACGACGUUGAGCACCGCAUUCCGGCCACCCUGAUUCAUGAUCCGAGUAUAGAACGUGAAAUGGCCAGCCCUAGAUGCCAAUCGAGGGAGUCAUCCGGUGGCGGUCGCUGCCCCUCGGACGAAUCGAUCCGGUCCGAGGCGGAGCGGGACGGGCAAAACUCGGGCCCCAACAUGAGCCCGGUGUCGAUCACGUUACCGCCCACGCUUCCACCAGGUGCCGCUGCCGCCCUCCUGCCUCAGCAUUCGGCUGCCAUGGCCGCCUAUCUGAACGUGGCAGCCGUUGCGGCCCAGCAGAACCGACUGCUGCUGGGUUCACCGCUGGCUGGUCUAGCGGCCGCCCGUAACGGGUCCCCGCCGAUUCUACCUCCGCUGGCGUCCCCGACGGACGAGAGUGACGAUGCGGCGCUAGAUUUCAGCAAGAAACGCUCCGACAGUGGUGGUGACGACGACGCUGCCAGUGACGACGGCGAAGACGAUCGAGACGCGGUCAAUCUGAGCGCCAAAUCCGGCGAAAACAGCCCACUCGAUUUGUCCUGUAGCACGCGGAAGCGAACCGGUGAUGACUCGAACUCACCUCCGCCACGGAAAGCGUCCCGCCCACUCGACUACAAGCAACAGAUCGUUACGCCCUGGAGUUCACCCGUUACGCCCCAGCUGCCGUACUUUGCCGCGGCCGUCGCAGCCGCCGGUCUUUCGCCCAAAAACAAUCAUACCGAUUGGAACGGCAAGCACAAGGGGGGAAUCUCCAAUGAAGCCGCGAAAGCCUUAGAGAAGAUGACCGAAAUGAGCCGUCUCGGAGGGGAAGAAAUCUACCGACCUUCGUCCAACAACAACAAUUCCGGAGGUGGUGGAGCUACCGCUGGCGGUGGCCGUCACAGCGCCUGGCAAUCACACUGGCUCAACAAGGGAGCCGACUCCGCCAAGGACGUCCUCAAAUGUGUCUGGUGCAAGCAGAGCUUCCCAUCGCUAGCCGCCAUGACCACCCACAUGAAGGAAACCAAACACUGCGGUGUGAACGUCCCACCCGGCACCGGAAUGCCCCAGCAACCGAUCCAGCAGCAGCAACCACCGAAUUCGUCCGCGUCCAACACUGGCCACAGUGCUUCCAACAAACCAUCACCCAGUGAACUGAACCUGCUGAUCAAGGAAACGAUGCCCCUUCCGCGAAAACUCGUCCGUGGUCAGGACGUGUGGCUCGGAAAGGGCGCCGAACAAACGCGUCAAAUCCUCAAGUGCAUGUGGUGCGGUCAGAGCUUCCGUACGCUCGCCGAAAUGACGUCGCACAUGCAGCAAACUCAGCACUACACCAACAUCAUCUCCCAGGAACAGAUCAUAUCGUGGAAGUCGACGGACGGCGAAAAGCCGGGAAGUGGCCCUCCAGGCCCCAGCGGAAACGCCACGACUCCUUCCGGUUCCACCAGUGCCCCCGCAAACGCCCAAGCCAACAGCCACGUCAGUGCCGUGCUAACGUGCAAAGUUUGCGACCAGGCGUUCACCUCCCUCAAAGAGCUCAGCAACCACAUGGUGAAGAACGCCCACUACAAGGAACACAUCAUGCGAUCGAUCACCGAAAGCGGUGGCCGAAGACGGCAAACGAGGGAGAAGCGAAAGAAAUCGCUACCGGUGAGAAAGUUGCUGGAGAUGGAACGUGCCCAGCACGAUUUCAAAAACGGCGAAACUCCUCCACCGAACGCCGGAAACAAACCGAUCCGGGACCUCGGCGCCGGUAAGAUCACGUGCGAGAAGUGUAACGAGAAAAUCGAAACCACCAUGUUUGUGGAUCAUAUCAGGCAGUGCAUCGGCGGGACGGCCAUCCUGCAGGCUCAGCAGCAGCGCGAAAAACUCAAGAAUGCCCUCCUCUCCAACACGAUCAUCCCACCCGACUCGAUCAGUCCAGUAACGCCCACCAGCCGGGACGGGCGGAAAUCGGUCGGCGAUGAUCUGUCAUCGCCACUGUCUCUGCAAAAGUCACCCAUGCCAGCGGAUCUGUCCUCCCCAGCUUCGACCAAGAAGGACGGCAGCGGUGGUGGUGGCGGCGGCGAGAAGAGUUCCUCUCCAUCAGUACUGAACGCUAUCGAGCAAUUAAUCGAGAAGAGCUUCGACACUCGCUCGCGCCACCCCAGCACGAACUUUGGCAACGCAAACCAGGCCGCAACUCCGCUGGGCUCCAGCAUCCUAAAGCGGCUGGGCAUCGACGAGAGCGUAGACUACACUAAACCGCUGGUGGAUCCCCAGACGAUGAAUCUGCUGCGAAGUUACCACCAGCAGCAGUACGUGGCGCAGUUUGGCCGGCGGGAACGAAGCGGAAGUGAGUCGAGCUCGAUUUCCGAGCGAGGAUCGAGCCGGGUUGACUCGCUCACGCCGGAGAAGAAGUUUGACACGCCGAGCCACUCGACGCCGCGGGGAACUCCCGAGAAGCAGUACAUGGACGAUCACAUGAACAGUGGCGAACAGCAGCAGCAACAGCAGGUCAACAUUAAGCGUGAGAUGAACAGUGACGAUGAGGACGAGGACGACAAGCAGGAACCACCGAAAAUUAAAAUCAAGCGGGAGAUGGACGAGGACGAGGAGGAUGGCUCGAUGCGACCGCCGAGCAAAUCCCACGAGGACGACACGGAGAGGGAGUUGAAACGUCGCAGCAGUGUGGCGUCUAGUCCGGCGCCGAGUCCACGACUUUCGACGGCCAGCGUGCCGUUGAGCCCGGCGGCAAGUCCAAUCAGCGAUCAUCAUUCCAUUACCUCGAGAUCGACGCCGGGGGCGGUGGCUCCAGCAGCCGAGGGUAGCUCCAAGAAGUCCGUGAGUAGCAGUCUGGGUGCGUUGUCGUCGAUGUUUGACAGCUUGACGGGCUCGGGCAAUGCGGGUAACGCCGAAUCCAGUGGAACGGGCAAGAAGUCAAGCGCCCACCCGCUGGCGGCCCUGCAGAAACUUUGUGAUAAAACGGAAAACACUCCGGGUGCGGGUCGGGGCGGUUCCAGCAGUGCACUGCUCUCGGCCACCCCGAACGCGCAGUCCAGCCGGACGGCUCCCGGGGCGAUUCUGGCCUUCAGUUGGGCCUGCAACGACGCCGUCGUGUCGGACGAAUCGGUCAUCAAGUGCGCUUACUGCGACACCACGUUCACCUCGAAGGGCGCCUACCGGCACCACCUGUCCAAGGCCCACUUUGUCAACGAUGACGUCAUACCGGACCCGAAGGGAGGUCACAAGCCGGGGUCACCGCACUCGCCCAAAUCGACCGGGGGUCGCGACAGCGUGAGCCGCGGCGACGGAGGAGGCACUCCGAUUCCACCACCGCAAGGCGCCAGUUCCGGCGGAAACGGUUCGGCGCGAAGCCCUGCACCGCCGCAAUCACCGGCGGGCGCUGGCGGCGCGUUCGACGAGAGUCCCCACUCCAAGUUUCUCAAGUACACCGAACUGGCCAAGCAAUUGUCCUCCAAGUACGUCUGACAUUCCUAAGCUAGCCGCCAGUCCCACCACCAGCACCACCCACGGUAGGUUCCGUACGAUUCCGUUGUUGAUCUAAUGUAAAUAACCGCGCACAGAUGAUGGACAGCUCGCGAGAGCGAGCGAACGAGCAAGCAAACUGUAACGACGCCAGCGAGAGAGAGAGAGAGAGAGGUAGCAAACCAGGGAACAACAAGAAGAGAGCGAAAACGAGAGGCAGUAAAUAACGUAUUUAUGUGUGUAUCCAUUUCUGUUUAUGGGUGCGUUCAAUAACCACUUGAAGGAAUGCUGCACUGCUGCUGCGGAAAGAGAGAAGCAAAGCAAAGCCCACCGGAGAGUGGUUGGCGGACGGACCGAUCAACAACACACAGAAGCGGCGGCAAAGCCGACGGAAGCAGGUUUUUUUUUUUGCUCGCCUGCUUCGAUUCUUUCUUCCUUCAAAGUGAGUGUGGCGGUGGCGGCGGCCACUUCUAACGCAGUGUUGGUGAAUCUCUUUUUUCCGCUUCUUUUAAAUCACUCGCUUUAAUGACUUUUAUGUACACACUCAGACACACAUCGCAGUAGGCGAGUUUUGCGCGCGCUCGCACAAACACAGGCGAAGCCUUCUUAGAACAAACACAGGCGUGCAGAAGUGGGAUAUGAAGUAGAGUAGAGCAAAACGGCGGUGAUGGCCUGUGUGUGUGUGCCGUCUGUAAAGUUGAAGUGCAGCUUUUUUUCUGCUUCUUCUCUUGUAGAAGGAGGAACGGGAGAAGAAAUCAAUCAAGAGAAUAAAGCCAGCGUCAGCGGAAAAUAAAGGCCGUGCCGGGCUUGACGAAGGGAAUGGAAAAAGGGGUUGAGCGAGCCAUCAAAAGGCCGUUUUGCGGGCAAAAACAAAAUGGAGUUUGCUCGGGGAAGGUUAUUUGCGAUUUCUGUAGAUUUUUUUUUUUUGCUGUCUUAAACUGUUGUUCCAUGAGUUGUGUUCUCUCUCUCUCUCUCUUUCUGUAAGUACGCUCGAUAGCGAUGACUUGGCUGAUUUGCAAGCAACAUGUGAUUCCACAUAUCCUGAUAAUGAGAAGAAGAAACAACCGGGAGAAAAAAAAAACUUGUGUAAAUUUUGUGACAUAGCUUUCGCAAUGCGUCGGAAAGACACUUUCAUCUAAGUCAAUCACGGAGAAAAUACCACAAUUUUGGCGCUUUAUUGAAAAUGAAAACAUGUGAACAUCUGCAACUUUAGUAUACAAAAAAAAACGGAAAAAACGCAUAAAAUGUAACUUUAUUUCGAAAUUAUAAACAAGCAAAAAGUAAAGAAAAUAUUAAAUACGUUGUACAGAGACGCCAUUUUGAAUGAGUUCUUUAAACGGAUCGAAAAUUCAUUGCAUGAAAAAGUAAUCAAGCUAUACGAGUCAUAAUGAGCGAAAAGUAAAAACAUACAACAAAUAAACUUUAGAGUCUCCUCUUCUACGUAGUAAAAAGCAGAGCUAAAACAGCCACAAACACGACUAAACACACUUUACCGUGUAAGUUAUACGAGCAACGGCAUUAACAUGCUACAAAAAACGGCAAAAAAUCGUUAAAAAUUAUUCAAUUCCAAUCUGAAAUUUGGUAUACGUAAUUUACACUCAAGAAACAAACAAAACAAGCAUAAGUAUUACUCCACUUCGAAUGUGAAGUUGGUGAGAAUUAAUCAACAAAAAUUAUAAACCGCAACACAGAUUAUACGAAAUUGUAACGUUUGGUAUACGGCGAAUCAAAAUUUAAAAAAAGAGCGCAUAAAAAACUAAAUCCGGCAUUAUGUUACAAGCCAUAAAAUAGUAUUAAAACAUACACACACAGAGAUUAGCGUGCCAAAUUCAGUAUACUUACGACGCGAGAGAAAGUAACUGCAAAACUUCUCUCGCAAAAGCUAUUUGAAAAUGAAAAUCAAAAACUUUCUAUAGAAAAAAAUUGAAGACCUUUUUUAUCCUACCCAGCAGUUUGAUACUUUCAAAAUAAUAAACACACACAAACGCCAGCUUCUCGAAAAAUGAUGAACAAAGUGUAAAUAUCGAACACACCGCGACAGAAAAAACACACACACUCCCAGUGCUCCCAGAUCUGCAUUUAUAGAUCGGUUAUCUUUUUGUGUUACAAAUAAUUUUCUUUUCGUUCUUACAAACAUAGAAUACUCUUGGUAUUUGCUUGUGUACAUACAGUGAUCCAAUUUCCUUACAUUUUUGUUGUUCAGUUUUGUUAACGGAAAUUUUAUCGUCGCCAGCGUGUGCUGCAAAAAUUGUAAAUAUAUGCUGAAAAUUAAAAGAAAAAAACAAACUAAGAGUUGAAUACUUUCUAGCUACCUAACUAGUAGAGAAAAAAAAACGAGCAGAAAUAAAGCAACAUACUAAGGUAUACCUUUGAUUACAACUUAAUCGCAACCUAGUAAUACAUAAUUUGAAACUUUUAGACACUAUUAUAAAGCAGCAACACACAAGUAGGGUAAAGAAAAAUAUUAUACAACAAAAAGUGAAAAACACACGCAAAAUCGUAUUUAUUGAAAAUAACACCUUCUUACUAAUAACCAUUAAAAUAAUAGUAUUAAAAAGAUGACCCUGAAAACCCCCUGACAAAAAGAUCCGUCAGCAGUGGAGAAAACGUAUACGUGAAAAGAAAAACGCAAAUUAACAUUGGUAUACUAGGAGGAAUAAAAAAACAAGAAAAUCAAAUCUACGAUACGAACAAAAAACAAAAACCAGUCACUACAAUAUGUCGAUUGAAACUGCAAGUACUAAAAAGGUAUACGUAAAACAAACAAAACAAAUAUCGCAAACAUAAGAUGUCAAAUUGGGCGCUGAUGUAAAACUUUAGAACGCUAGCAAUAAGAGUGGGAAAGAGAAGAAUAAAAUUAUUACUUUGACUAAAUCAAACA